CUGCUCGGUUGUUCGCGCUCGGUGCUUUGUCGUCGUCCCACUUCCGUCUAUACUGGAACAGUUCGUAGCUCAGUGGCUUCCGGUUGUGGGAAGGAAUUAUUAGCAAACCCCUUGCAACAGGUGUACUAAAGUUUUGCCAAAGACAAUCAGAAAGAAAAAAUCAAAAACAUCAAUUGUUCCGACUAUCCUCUACAAGAUGCAUAAACGCAUCCAAAGCUAAUUAGAGGAAAACUACGGAUAUUUACCCAGGAAAUGAGCCGCACAUUAUGUACUUAGGAUCAGUCAGUGGAAACGACAGAGAGCAAUGGAAAAGCACACAAACCUCUGCCGAACGGAGUCCACUUGGCGACCAAAGAAGGGUCUAAAGUGUCUGUCAUUCGAGUACCUCUUCCGUCUGCUACUGCACCAUCUGCUUCUAACAUCGCUGAGUGGCCCGCAUUGCGUAUACGCCACGAGUGACAUUGGCGAGGCGCUGAGCGCAAGCAACUGUCACGACAUUCACCAUGGAUUCGAUGUUUAUCCCAAUCCCAACGCGUUGUCCCUGGGUCAAUCGACGGACACGCCUCUGACCCAGACAUUGCCGCCAUCCGCCUGGAAAUGUUGCUGUUGGAAUGCAAGUAAUCAAAUGGAAGAGGUGGAAUGCCGUUGCGAGGGAGACGGACUAAACCGCGUACCACAAACAUUAAAGUUGCCCAUCCAGCGGCUAACUAUUGCAUCUGCGGGGUUGCCACGCUUACGCUACACGGGACUAAAGGUCUACGGACCCACAUUGUUGGAUGUGGCUUUCACUGACUGCCAGCAGCUGGAACUGAUACAGGAUGGCGCUUUCUCUAAUUUAACACUAUUGCGCACAAUCUACAUCACCAAUGCACCCAAGUUGACCUUCCUCUCAAAGGACGUAUUCCUUGGCAUUUCGGACACUGUGGAAAUUAUACGAAUCAUAAACAGUGGGCUCACCAGAGUUCCGGACUUGAGCCACCUUCCGCCGAAUAAUAUUUUGCAAAUGAUAGAUCUCGAUAAUAAUCAAAUCACUCGAAUAGAUACUAAAUCCAUAAAAGUUAAGACUGCCCAAUUAAUUUUGGCCAACAAUGAAAUAAGUUACAUAGAUGACUCAGCUUUCUUUGGAUCCAAGAUAGCCAAAUUGUCCCUAAAAGACAACCUAAAGCUUGAAAUGAUGCAUCCAAAAGCAUUCGAUGGCAUUAUAGAUAUAACUGAACUCGAUCUCUCCAGCACUUCGUUAGUUGGCCUACCAUCAGUCGGUCUGCAGACCAUCGAAGCUUUAUACAUUCAGAAUACCCACACUCUGAAAACUAUUCCAUCAAUUUACAAUUUUCGGAAUCUCCAAAGGGCCUACCUCACGCACUCGUUCCACUGUUGCGCCUUUCAGUUCCCAUCUCGCCACGAUCCCCAGCGACAUGCCCAGCGAAUGCUGGAGAUUGAAAAAUGGCGAAAGCAAUGCAAAAGUGAUUCGGGAUCCCGGAAGGAACGAUCCACUUUGGACGGUCUCGACAAUCAACCAGAAGACUUUGGCAGUUUUGGUGGCUCCUAUCAGUCAGCAACAGACAUAUCGCCCAUCACAUUCUCUUCUAUCGAUUAUAUGGCAGAUGAUACAAUGAACAAAGGCACAUUUCAUGAAAAGAUCACCCUGAAUCCAGAGGAUGACAUGUCAGCCGAACUUUGCGGCAAUUUUACAUUUAGAAAGCCGAAUAUAGAAUGUUAUCCCAUGCCAAAUGAUCUCAACCCUUGCGAAGAUGUCAUGGGCUAUCAAUGGCUUCGCAUUUCCGUUUGGAUUGUGGUCGCUCUGGCCGUGGUGGGCAAUGUGGCUGUGCUGACAGUAAUUCUAUCGAUUAGACCCGAAACGACGCCAGUUCCGCGAUUUCUCAUGUGCCAUCUGGCCUUUGCCGAUUUGUGCUUAGGAGUGUAUUUGCUGUUGGUGGCCUCCAUCGAUGCCCAUUCCAAGGGGGAGUACUUCAAUUUCGCCUACGAUUGGCAAUAUGGGCUUGGAUGCAAAGUGGCCGGCUUUCUCACCGUGUUCGCUAGUCAUUUGUCGGUGUUCACGCUGACCGUGAUUACUAUCGAGCGUUGGCUUGCAAUUACACAGGCCAUGUACUUGAACCAUCGCAUCAAGUUGCGUCCAGCAGCGCUCAUCAUGCUGGGCGGCUGGAUUUACUCGAUGUUCAUGUCCUCGAUGCCCCUGUUCGGUAUUAGUAACUAUUCGUCCACGAGCAUCUGCCUUCCGAUGGAAAAUCGCGAUGUAUACGACACCGUGUAUCUGGUUGCUAUUAUGGUCUGCAAUGGCGUGGCCUUCUCCAUCAUAGCCGUGUGCUAUGCCAAGAUCUAUCUGUCCUUGGGUCGCGAGACACGGCAGGCCCGUCAUAAUAAUCCGGGCGAGUUAAGUGUUGCCAAGAAGAUGGCUCUCCUAGUCUUCACAAACUUUGCCUGCUGGUCUCCUAUUGCCUUCUUUGGACUCACUGCUUUGGCUGGUUAUCCACUGAUUAAUGUCACCAAAUCAAAAAUAUUGCUUGUAUUCUUCUAUCCAUUGAACUCGUGUGCCGACCCCUACCUUUAUGCCAUAUUGACAUCGCAGUAUCGACAGGAUCUCUUUACCUUGCUGUCAAAAUUAGGUUUGUGUCGGCAGAGCGCUUUAAAGUACAAGGAUAGCCUCUCUGGUCAUCCCACAUCUCGGUUCACCAUUCACGGAUCCAUUCAGAGGCACGGUUCCCUCACGUGCAAAAUGCAGACGACGAUGACCACUGAGACACAGAAAAUGCUGAAGAACAGCGAGGAUUAUGUUUAAACCGAAGCUUGGGUAUUGUGAAUUCACUUCUUCCCACCCCGUUGUGAUAUAUACAUAUACUAUUAAUUUACGCUCUCUUGAUUUGUUCCGCUAUCUGAUCCAGUAUUGUUAGCAUCCCAUGAUUAAUGAUAUUUUUUAGCUUAUAAGCUUGUUAUACAUUUUCUUGUCCUACUUAAGCCAUUUAGUGUAAUGUAUACAGUUGUACCUAAGAAAAGUAUUGCUAAUAGAAAAGAGCUUGUCCCAGUCAAAGUAUAUAUGGAUAAACAUGAAGUGGUUUCCUAUUGGUGCAUAUAUACAGAUUUAUUGUGAAUGUUUUAAGUGUGAAGAUAAAAAAGUUCUUAAUGUUGAUAAAGUAUUUUCUUGUUUUUGUUUUAAUAGAUAAAGCUGUUAAGACUCAUUAAACUACUUUAAAUGUAUGUG